GCAUUUACAACACCACCAAGUUGUCCUAAGAGAGAGUGAACUCUGUUCUUCACAGCAGGCGGGGAAGGUGCAGACGUCUGCUCUGGGCCAUCCCACUGUGGAGACCCCUUACGCCCCCGUGUACUGGCAGCUCUCUCAGCCCGCCACCUGGGCUCCACCUGACCAUGUCUCUGGCUGAGGCCAUCAGCCUCUGGAAUGAAGGGGUGCUGGCAGCUGACAAGAAGGACUGGAAAGGGGCCCUGGAUGCCUUCAAAGCAGUCCAGGAUCCCCACUCCCGGAUCUGCUUCAACAUUGGCUGCAUGCAGACCAUCCUGGAAAACAUGCCUGAGGCGGAGAAGGCCUUCACUAGAAGCAUUAACCGGGACAAGCAUCUGGCCGUGGCUUACUUCCAGCGAGGGAUGCUCUACUACCAGAUAGAGAAAUACGACUUAGCCAUCAAAGACCUUAAAGAGGCCUUGGUUCAGCUACGAGGGAACCAGCUGAUAGACUACAAGAUCCUGGGGCUACAGUUCAAGCUGUUUGCUUGUGAGGUAUUGUAUAACAUCGCUCUCAUGUACGCCAAGAAGGGGGAAUGGAAAAAGGCCGAAGAGCAGUUAGCUUUGGCGACGAGCAUGAAGUCUGAGCCCAGGCAUUCCAAGAUUGACAAGGCCGUGGAAAGUGUGUGGAAACAGAAGCUGUAUGAGCCCGUGGUCAUCCCCGUGGGGCGGCUGUUUCGACCAAAUGAUAGACAAGUGGCCCAGCUGGCCAAGAAGGAUUACCUAGGCAAGGCCACGGUUGUGGCUUCUGUGGUGGAUCAAGACAGCUUCUCUGGGUUUGCCCCUCUCCAGCCGCAGGCAGCUGAGCCUCCUCCCAGACCCAAGACCCCAGAGAUCUUCAGGGCUCUGGAAGGGGAGGCUCACCGGGUGCUGUUUGGAUUUGUUCCCGAGACCCCAGAGGAGCUCCAGGUCAUGCCAGGAAACAUCGUCUUUGUCUUGAAGAAGGGCAAUGAUAACUGGGCCACGGUCAUGUUCAAUGGGCAGAAGGGGCUCGUUCCCUGCAACUACCUUGAGCCGGUUGAGCUACGGAUUCAUCCUCAGCAGCAGCUCCAGGAGGAAACCUCCCUGGAACCUGACAUCCCACCUCCUCCCAGUUCCAAUGCCCCAGGGAGACCCCAGCUGUCACCAGGUCAGAAACAGAAAGAAGAGCCCAAGGAAAUACAGCUCAGGGUUCCUACACCCUACACAGUCAAGGUACACUACAAGUACACGGUGGUCAUGGAGACUCAGCCUGGGCUCCCUUACAACCAAGUCUGGCACAUGGUGUCCAAAAAACUGCAGCUCCUACCAGAGCACACUAAGCUGAGUUAUCUGCCUCGGGACAGCAAUGAGCUGGUGAACCUUUCAGAAGAAAGCAUGCAGGAUGCCUGGGGUCAAGUGAAAAACUACUGCCUGACUCUCUGGUGUGAGAACACAGUGGGUGACCAAGGCUUCCUAGAAGAACCGCAAGAAAGCAAAAAUUCUGACAUUAACAGCCAGAUAAAAGAGUCUCAGUUUAAAGAAGGGAGCCAAGUGGUAGCACUCUUCAGUUACGAGGCUACCCAACCAGAGGACCUUGAGUUUCAGGAAGGGGAUGUAAUCCUGGUGCUGUCGAAGGUGAAUGAAGAGUGGCUGGAAGGGGAAUGUAAAGGGAAAGCUGGCAUCUUCCCUAGAGCUUUUGUUGAAGAACGUGCGCCCAUGGAUUUAGACAGCACUCCUAGAGCCACCUAGGACGUUUCCCAAUCUACAAAUUUCAUGAAGAGAAAGCUUUAUUAUUUGUUCCCAAGAUUCAGUUCACCUCUGCUGUGCGUCACAGAGACAUUACAGCUUGGAAGUGUAAACUAACCUUCUUAAAAUUCAACCUGUUAGACAAUAAUACAAGAACUCAAGAUAGAUUUCCUAGUGCAUGAAGAGGAAUGGAGUGAAAACACCUGGAAAGGCGUGAGAAGGUUCUCUACAGCGCUGGUAAUCCAAAUGUACUUACUUUAUGAAAAUUCACUGAAUUGUAUACUUUUAAUCGGUGCAUGUUUCUGUACAUGUGAUAGCUCAAUAUAUUAUUUAAAAAACCCACAAACCCACAAAAAGAAAACAAGACACCCAGGGGUCCAGGCUCCAAACCUAAGUGGAAACACUCUUGUUUCUGUAUGAUUAAUACCAUAGACUCCCGAGGCUUUCAGGUAACCUUACAGGUCUUUCAGAAGACAUACACAUAUAAAACUGCUUAUGAACAUAUAAAACUUUUUGUAUUUUAGGGAAGGUUCUACAGGGUGUUCAGGGUCUCACUACUAGAUCCGACUUGUAGUGAUCCCCCUUUUUACAGCACAACUGUUCUUUAUCUUCUAAAAAGUUUCAGCACUUAAACAGAACACAGAAUCUACACUGAGUUAGGCUUCCACGGAAAACAUUCAAUUUCAGAGAAUUAAAAUACUAGUAGUACAUUCCUUUAUGCUUCCUCAAAGAGGGACUUCUAUUAAAGAGUUCAUCACUGAAUACGCACCACUAACAAGUGAUGAGAAGCUAUAUUCAAGAAAUCGAGGGCCAGCCAGGUAGCUCACCAGACUAAAGCGCCUGCUUAGGCAGGUGCAGGGACCAGGGUUUAAUCCCUGGCUU